AUGUGGAGUCCAUUCAACCUGUUUACAUCCGAGACCUCACGGUCUUCAGAGUCAAAGGCCUCUCCUUCUUCCACUUCUACUACUUCUUCUUCACAACGCACACCCACAAAAGUGAUUUUGGAUGUUGAGCAAAGUACAGGAGAAGAUAUUCUUCUGCUUCUGCGACGUGUACGCCGUUGGAUGGGUUUACAGUGCCGUACACAUCCAUAUAUGAUAUCGGCACUCCUCUUCACAACAGCGGUGGGAAUUGCGUUUAGAUAUAAGUAUUGUAUUUGCAGAAAACCACACAAUAAACAACAACAACAAAUAGAAAAAGGGAAUUUAACAUCUUCAGAAACAUCCACAAAUUGGAAACUACAGUGGUCAUGGUUUCCACCUUUUCUUCGUAUCGUGGAUAACCGAUCGGAUGAUGGAAUGAAAAGAAAUGAAGGAUGUUGUUUCUCUGGUAAUAGUAAUAAUAAUAAUAAUAAUAAUAAUAAUAAUAAUAAUAAUAAUAAGAAUCAUAAAGGGCGUACAUGCCCGUUUUUAUUUACCUCUACACCUGUUGCAGAUGAUGAUGAUAUUAACUUUGUAGAUGCCACGGAGAGUGCAUUCCGUAUGUUUCAACGGCGAGUGGAGCGAACACAUGAGGCCCCACUUUUACGUGCGUUGUCUGAACUGGAAUGUAUGGGCGAAGAGUGGCGUAAGAGAAAACUUUCACAGAAAACGUUAAUUUCUCCUACGGGUUGUGCGAAUAUCAAUAAUACAGAUACUAUUAGUACUACUACCACUACUACAACAACGACAACUACAACAACAACUAUUAAUAAUAAUACUACUAAUAAUAAUAUAAAUGAGAAAAUAAAUAAUGGUAAUAUUGAUCAGAAUGAGGGUAAUACUAUUAAUACUGUUGCUGUUACUACUACGACUAUAGGGGAUAAACCCAAUAAAAGUGCUGAUCUGGGGCAGUCUAGUAACCCUGUGAUUGCAGAGGAAGAAACGGAGGAUAUACUGCGGGAGUGUAUUCAUCAAAAGGCCAUAGAGGCGGAUGAGUUACUCACGCAGUUCAUUGUGCAGUUGGACUUGGCGCCUGUGGGUGAUAGCACCGCAUUGAAGAAGGAGCGAAGGGCGUUAAUUACAGCAGCGGCAGCGUUGGCCGAUCGUAUCGCAGUUUGGAUGUCUCUCCCCUCACAGGUGGAGUAA